AAGAUAAAUGGAGAGUAUACUACAAAAAGAAAAGAGUGUUAGAAAAUUAGCACACUCACCAAUCGACAAAAAAAUCUCGAUUUCCACGGCCAUGGCCGCCGCCGCCGCCGGGACCACCAUCAGCGACCUCCCCGACGUGAUCCUCUCCAACAUAAUCGCCGCCGUCUCCGACGUCCGCAGCCGCAACUCCGCCGCCCUCGCCUGCCGCAAGUGGUGCCUCCUCGAGCGCGCCACACGCGCCGCCGUCAGCCUCCGCGGCAACCUCCGCGACCUCUUCAUGGUCCCCAACUGCUUCCCCUCCGUCUCCGCCCUCGACCUCUCCCUCCUCUCCCCCUGGGGCCACCCCCUCAGCUCCGCCUCCGACCCCGCCCUCAUCGCCCACGUCCUCCGCCUCGCCUUCCCCUCCCUCUCCUCCCUCACCUUCUACGCCCGGAACCUCUCCACCAUCCAGCUCGUCGCCUCCCAGUGGCGGGGCGCCGAGCACGUCAGGCUCGUGCGCUGGCACCAGCGGCCCCAGGUGGCCGCCGCGGGAGACGAGCUGAAGAUGCUCUUCUCCGAGUGCGGCCGCCUCAGAUCGCUGGAUCUCUCCUCCUUCUACUGCUGGACCGACGACGUUCCGCCUGCGCUCGAGGCUUACCCUUCCCUGGCUUCGAAUCUCGCCCGAUUGGAUGUCCUGAAUCCUUCGUUCUCCGAAGGAUUCAAAUCGGAUGAGAUCAAGGCCAUCACCAAAUCCUGCCCCAAUCUGAUUGAAUUCAAAGCUGCGUGCAGAUUCGAUCCGAGGUAUAUCGGCUUCGUCGGAGACGAAGCCCUAAUUUCUGUUUCGAUGAACUGCCCCAAAUUGGGGGUUCUUCAUUUGGCCGAUACGUCCACUCUAUUGAACGCGCGCGGUGACGGAUUCACCGCGGAGGAUGCGAGUAUCAACGUAGCUACCUUGAUCGAGGCCUUCUCCGGUCUGCCAUUGCUGGAGGAGUUGGUGUUGGACAUCUGCAACAAUGUUCGGGACAGUGGUGCAGCGUUUGAAGUUCUCAAUUCGAGAUGCCCUAAAUUGAGAUCACUCAAGUUAGGGUUUUUCCAUGGGAUCUCGAUGCCUGUAGAGUCGAAAUUGGACGGAGUGGCGCUUUGCCAAGGGCUGAAAUCGCUGUCGAUUCGGAACGUCGGGGAUUUGGAUGAUAUGGGUUUGAUCGGGAUAGGCAGAGGUUGUUGUAGAUUGGCUGAGUUUAAGAUCCAUGGCUGCAGCAAGAUCACAAUGAGAGGGAUGAGGACUCUGGCUUCCUUGCUUCGGAAAACUCUCGUUGAUGUUGGAGUCUCCUGCUGCAGCAACCUCCCCGCCCGCCAGUGCUUGAAGGCGUUGGAGCCGAUACAAGAUAGGAUCCAACGCCUUCACAUCGAUUGUAUUUGGGACUCUACACAGGAGCUUGGAGAUGAUUCAGAUGGAGUUGGUUUUGAUCUUAACUGCUCGGAUCAAGAUAACGGUUUUGAUGAUGAUGAUGGAAUGAGUAAAGCGAGGAAGAGAUGCAAGUAUUCAUACGAUUUGAAUAUGGAAUUGGAUGUUAACAGCAACGGCUAUGGAAACAGUGCGAGGACAUGGGUUAAGUUGGAGUACCUUUCACUGUGGAUUGCAGUGGGGCAGCUCUUGACACCUCUGGUGGAGGCAGGGCUCGACCACUGCCCGAGUCUCGAGGAGAUUCGGAUCAAGGUGGAGGGCGACUGCCGCGAGAUGUCGAGACCGAGGGAGCGCGAGUUCGGGCUGAGCAUGCUUGUCAACUAUCCCAAGCUGUGGAAGAUGCAUUUGGACUGCGGCGACACCAUUGGGUACGCCCACACGGCGCCUUCCGGGCAGAUGGAUUUGAGCCUGUGGGAGCGGUUCUAUCUGAUCGGGAUCGGCCACCUGAACCUGACGGAGCUCGACUACUGGCCCCCGCAGGACCGGGACGUGAACCAGAGGAGCCUCUCCCUUCCGGCUGCGGGACUGCUGCAGGAAUGUUUUGGGCUUAGGAAGCUUUUCAUACAUGGGACUGCACAUGAGCACUUCAUGAUGUUCCUGCUGAGGAUCACAGAGUUGAGAGAUGUUCAGCUGAGAGAAGACUAUUACCCGGCACCGGAGAAUGAUAUGAGCACGGAGAUGAGGGCGGACUCCUGCAGCCGCUUUGAGGCUGCUCUUAAUCGGCGGCGGAUUUCGGAUUGACUGUUGUGGGAUGAUGUAUUUUUCAUUUUUAACAUCACUUGUACAACAGAUUUUGCCAUUUUGAAUAACAUGGUGGGAAGAGGCUACUGUUUCAUUCA